AUGACAACCAGCAGCAUUAUGAAGCAAGAAAAUAAAUAUGUUGCCUACUUAAAGGAUUAUUGUGCUAAUUGUACUUUGGCCGGUUUCAGUUAUAUUGCCAACACAAACCUCCACUUUAUUGAGCGUAUAUUUUGGUUUAUUUGUGUGGUCAUAUCGGCUUUUGGUUCGUAUGUUUUGAUCAGUCAGUAUCAGCGAGAUUUUAAUAGUCGUGCUGUCAGUAUUGUCUAUGAGAGUCUGCCCUCGACCCAAAAAGUCGUGUUUCCCACUAUAGCAGCCUGUGAUAUGUACAAUAAAUAUGAGGCAUUGCCGAAUUUGAUAGAUUUUGUGGAGGAAUUAGAUGGCCCCGAUGCCAAGGACUAUAGUUAUGAGAUUGAAAAUUUCAUAAGCUUCCUGGUUUAUCCAUAUAUUUAUCGGGAGGGCAACAUAAAAUCCUGGUGCAAAGUCAAAUGUUGUACAGAGUGUCCCAGCGAUAAUUUACGGGGUUUAUAUCACAGAUUUAAAACCAAUUGCAGUGACUUUUUUGAAUCUUGUGAAUUUUCUCUGAAACCCUUUGACUGUUGCAAGCACUUUCUGCCCUUGGUGACACCGCAUGGCAAUUGUUUUAUGCUGAAUUCUUUGUUGAACAACAAAAGAGGCAGCCCAACUUGGUUUAAUAGUGAAAUAGAUCCCAUGACAGAUACAGCGAAAUUAAAAAUUGUUACUAAAAUGCCAACACAGGUUUCCAUUAUGAAUGAGGAAGAUGUGCCUCAUGAUGCUUUGCCGGGCAAUAAAAUCGAGGCCAAUAAACCCGGCCAAGACAAGACCUUUCAAAUCUUCAUGCAAUCCAUGAUAAAUGAUCCCGACGUACGAGAUAUUGCUCCGGCCUUUCGUCAAUGUCGUUUUCCCGAUGAACUAUUGCCUGAUACCUCCUAUCGGGCCUAUAGUUUUAGCACCUGUUUCGUUGAUUGCCUAAGAGUUUAUCAAAUGAAAGAAUGCAAUUGUUCGGUGUUCUCUGUGAUGCCAGAGCUGAAUUCAAACUAUAAAGAUUGUGAUUUGGAGGGUUUUCUGUGUUUGGAAAAACUGAUUUUAGUAAGACCGGAUGGCAGAAAUUUACUACCCUGGGCCAAGAGCAAAUACACCUGUGAGUGUUUGCCUUCCUGCACGGAAAGUGAUUUUAAGGUGGUAUUCGAUUAUCAGCUAAAAAUUAAUGCAUCUAAUCCUUAUCUAACCAUCUCUGUAACGAUGCCAGAAUUUGCUACCGAACGUUAUAGACGUCAGGCUUUGCGCACACGUUUGGAUGUGGUGGUGACCAUUGGUGGCAUAUUGGGUUUGUUUUUGGGUGCCAGUAUUUUAAGUGGCAUUGAAUUUUUAUAUUAUUUUACCUUAAGAUUAUGGAAUAAUUAUAAAAUGGAAAAACGCCAAAAACGACAACAACAAAAGCAGCAAUUGCAGCAGCAACAGCUAUACAACAGAACAAGGCAACAACAACGUUAUUAA